GCAAAAGAUGUAACAAGCAAACGCACCAUACAAAACCGAUGUAACUAAAUCCUUAGUGAGAAAUGCAGUGAAUGUCCAGAUACGAUCGAACCUAGAUAAGUAGCAACAUAUCUGCAAGAUGGACCAUUACCUGACGACGUAUCGCAAGGACUACCUGUGGCCACACCUGCCCGGGAGCGGGGCGGGACAGAGUGGGGAUGGACAUGGAGUGGCCGAGACCCCCCGCCUCACCGAUGCCGAGCUGGCGUUCUACCAGGCGUGCCUCCAACACUCGCGGCCGCCGGACUGCCGCUGCCCGCAGUACUCGGGGGCGACGGGGGCGCCGCCGGGGCCGCCGGGCCAGGCGGCAGGGUGGAGCCGUAGUGAGCUCAUGGGUCCUCUGCUGGACCCGAAGUUGUAUCCUGCCAAAAUGGGAGCCAGUCCGGAAACACCGACGUCGCGCUACAAUCAACCUAAUGCCUUCCUUGAUAAGCUGCAGUCAAAGUACCCGAUGCUGUACAGCAUUCUGCAGAACGAGGCGUCUCCGGAGCUGAAGCAGAGGAUCGACCGCGACCGGAACAAGACCACCUACAUGGUGGACUACUGCGAGUCUGGUCCAGGCGCCAAGUUCGAGGGUCUCCAGCGAGCGGCGGACGUGAGCGGCUCCGGUCCGUGCGUGCAGCCGCUGCGGCUGCCGGGCGACCCGUGCCGCGCGGGCGGACGCGUCGCCGCGCCGAGGAGCAUGCCGGGGCUGAUGUCGAGGGGCGGAGGCGGAGACCCACUAAUUCCAUCUGCCUUUCCAGAGAUGACGUCAUCAUCAGCGAUGCCUCCGAUGGGUCGCUCGGAGUACCAGGACGGCUUCUCCAAGCUCGGAGCCAUCAUCAUGAGGGACAAGCUGCACCGACGAAGCCGCGCCGCUGACUAGAGGAACGACCAGAGGGUCGAUUCACUAACAGUCUACCAUCUGCCUUUCGUCGUGAGUGGCGUGUGAUAGCGCAAAAAGAAUGAAAUCUGACGCUCGACUCGAAAGGCUAGUGGUUGGGAAUCGUUUACCAGAGGUGGACAACAGACUGACUAAUGGGUUCCAGAAUAGUUUACUGCAAAUUAUUCUCUUCAGGAUCCAUCUGAAGAUGCAACCGGUACUUCUGGAAUCAGUGUUGUAUCAAUGUGUUCAAAACUUUUGAAUAAAGUAUUUGGGUUUUUCUAGCCCCAACCUUUCAAAA